AUGGCAGCAGUCAGAGCGUUUGUCGUUGCGUGCGUGCUCCUCCUCGUGUCGACGUCUUCCUUGGCGCAGCGUGGUCCGCCUGGCGGAGGUCCUCCCGGUGGUCAGCGACCGGGGGGCGCAAGCGGAGGCCCGGGCGCCAGUUCCGGCGGUCAGCGCGGAGGUCCUGGCGCCGGUUCUGGCGGACCCGGCGGGCCCGGCGGUCCCGGCGGUCCCGGCGGGCCUGACGGAAAGCCGCCACGCGGUCCUCCGCUGAACCUGACGGCCGUCGGGAAUCUGACGGCCGGCAUCGGCGCGCAACUCGCCAAUUGCACAACGGACCAGGCGAUCCUUAACGGUAGCUUCCACCUCGCCGUUUUCAAGAACUCCAGCGGAAAUUACAACCUUCUGGUCGAAGCCCUUCUUGUCGACGCGGCGGGCAGUCCGCCCGACUCGCUGGCGAUCGUAAAGGGCGCCGUGUGCGACGCCGCCGCGACGGACGUGCUCGCGCUGCCGCUCGCCGCGGCGGACUGGCAGCAGCGCGCGGGGUGGUGGCUGCUGCACGCGGAGGCGCGCCUCGACGCGUUCCUCGAGAACGCGGACGCCGCCACCCUCGACGCGCUGCUCGCCGUGCUCCCCACCGCCUCGCCUCCGCCCACCAGCGGCAGCGGCAGGCGCAACGGCGGAGGCAGCAGCGCCGGCGGGGGCAGCGCGGGGGGCGCGCGGAACGGGCAGGGCGGGAGGCGCAUGGGGCGGGAGCUGCUGAUGCGCGCAUUCGGGCGCGCGGCCAGGCAGGGGGAACAGAAGCAGGGGGGGCAGAAGCAGGGAGGCCAGCAGCAGGGGGGAGCGCAGCAGGCGCCUGCAGUGAGCGGGUAUGCUGUGCUGGCGAGCAGCAGCGCUGCAGGUGUGACGUGGGGCGGGCAGCUCAUGGGCGCCAAGACGCCCGCCGCUGCUGUUUAA